UAAAUUAAAAAUAUGUCUAUUAAAUUAAAUAUAGUUGAGUGAUAACAAAUAAAUGGAGAUAAGUUUUUGCGAAUGAGUACACUCUAGUCUCUAGAGAUGUAUGAAAACUUCUCUUUCCCUCCAUAUAAAUGCAUUAUUUGCUACAACCUACACAUGAGCUUCUUAUCUUUCUCUAUUUUCUCAUCUUUUGCCUUGUCCUUCUCUUCCUCCUCUUGCUAUUUAUAUGCCACUCUAAUAUUCACUUCUUUGCAUUCAUCGUUUCUCUUUACACCAAAUAACAAUGGCUUCCUCCUCAUUGUCCUCCAACUUCUUCAUCAUUCUCAUGGCCAUCAUCUCUUCUACUUUCCUCCCUAAUGCUCUCUCUCGCUCGCUCAUGAUUUCUUCCCUUCCACACUCCCAAAUUCUCAAUGUCUCAAAAUCCAUUCGAAACACCGUCGAGGUUCUCUCUCCCAAAAACGAAGCAAUAAAGCAACCACAACAACCCCUUUAUUCGUUGUCAUCUUCAUCUUCAUCUUCAUCUUCCUCUGCAUUCGCUGUAUCCAUCCAUCCUCGUUCUACUCUCGUGAAACCCCAACACAAUAACUAUACAUCUCUCACUCUCUCCAGACUUGCUCGUGACUCAGCUAGAGUUUCCUCACUCCUCAGUACGCUUCAUAUUUUUCCCACCAAUUUUACUCGUUUGGACAAAUCGGUUCAAACUGAAGAGCUUGAGACCCCUGUUAUAUCUGGAACAAGUCAAGGAAGUGGCGAGUAUUUCGCCCGGAUAGGAGUUGGAGAACCUGUGAAGGAAUUUUACAUGGCUAUCGAUACUGGAAGUGACGUAAGUUGGCUACAAUGCCAACCCUGUAUCGAAUGCUACCAACAAACUGAUCCGAUUUUCAACCCGAUUGACUCCUCCUCAUACAAUCGGGUCCCUUGCGAGUCACCGGAGUGUUUAGCACUUGAUAUCUCCGGCUGUGUUUCCGAUACUUGUAUGUAUCAAGUCACCUACGGAGAUGGAUCGUUUACACAAGGAGAAUUAGCUACUGAAACUGUCUCAUUUGGUAACACUGGAUCGUUCUCUAAUGUUGCUAUUGGUUGUGGCCACGAUAACGAAGGUUUGUUCAUCGGCUCAGCUGGGUUGAUUGGUCUCGGUGGCGGUAAAUUAUCCCUUCCAUCUCAAAUCAAAGCAACGUCGUUCUCCUACUGUCUAGUAGACCGUGAUUCCGAUUCUUCAUCGACGUUGGAAUUCAACUCCGCCGGACCAAGUGACGCCGCGUUUGCUCCAUUGAUACGUAACUCGAAGCAAAAAACCUUUUUCUACGUAGGAAUCGACGGAAUCAGCGUCGCCGGCGAGAUGUUACCGGUUCCGGAGAGUGUAUUUCGGGUAGAUGAUAACGGACGGGGAGGUGUUAUCGUCGAUUCCGGAACAGCGGUGACACGUCUGCAGACAAUAGUUUACACUUCUUUACGUGAUACAUUCGUAAAAUACUCUCAGCAUUUGCCGGCCACCCAGGGAUUCCUGUUGUUCGAUACAUGCUUUGAUUUGUCGUCGAUGAAAACGGCCAAGGUUCCGACGGUGGCUAUUCAUUUUUCAGGUGGAAAAGCGCUGCCGUUGCGGGCGGAGAAUGUACUGGUGCCGGUAGAAUCGUCGGGGAAAUACUGCUUAGCGUUUGCUCCGGUGGAUGGAUUGUCGAUAAUUGGAAAUGUACAGCAGCAGGGGACACGUGUCAGUUUUGAUUUGGCUAAUAAUCUUGUUGGAUUUAGUCGUGAUAAAUGUUAAUAGUACUUGGAAGUGCAAUUAGUAGAGAUUAGUGGCAAGUGGCAUAGCUGCAUUAAACUAAAAUGACUUUAUAAGGAAAGGAGAAAAAAUUGGAUCAAAUAAAAUGCUCAAGUUACCCUGUUUUUUA